GCGUAUGGUGACUGCCGAAUUCCAAAGCUUUAGAAUAACUGAUGUUAGUUAGUCGGCGAGAGGGGUAGCAAGCGGUGAGUUCUCAGCACGGCUGACUCGCUUGCAAUGGCGAUGUGGACUGGCCGAAAUUUACCCUCGUUUUUAGCGGCGGUUGGACUUUUCUUGGUCUUUAGUGGUCCUCACGUCGUCUCCUCUUGCCCAAGCCGCUGUUUAUGUUUUCGCACUACCGUUAGAUGUAUGCAUUUAAAUCUGGAAACUGUACCUGCCGUGUCUCCUCAGACCACCAUCCUAGACCUGAGGUUCAAUAAGAUAAAAGACUUCCAGCCAGGCUCUUUCAGACGACUCAAGAACCUCAACACCCUCCUCUUAAACAACAAUCACAUCAGAAGAAUCCCUAGAGGAGCCUUUGAAGACCUGGAAAACCUGAAAUAUCUCUAUUUGUACAAGAAUGAAAUCCAGUCAAUUGACAGGCAAGCAUUUAAGGGGCUUGUCUCUCUAGAGCAACUGUAUCUGCACUUCAACAACAUUGAGUCCUUAGAGCCUGAGUCCUUUGCUCAUCUACCCAAGCUUGAACGCCUAUUUUUGCACAACAACAGAAUCACCCAGCUCGCGCCGGGAACCUUUUCCCAUCUGCAGUCCAUGAAGAGGCUGCGUCUGGACUCCAACACACUGAACUGUGACUGCGAGCUGCUGUGGCUGGCUGACCUGCUGAAGCAGUACGCCGAGUCGGGGAACGCCCAGGCGGCCGCCACCUGCGAAUACCCCACCAGGCUACAGGGACGCUCCGUGGCCACACUGACCGCUGAGGAGCUCCACUGUGAGGUCCCCAGGAUCACGUCGGAGCCCCGGGACGUGGACGUGACCUCAGGGAACACGGUGUACUUCACCUGCCGCGCAGAGGGCAACCCCAAGCCCCAAAUCAUCUGGCUGAGGAACAACAAUGCACUGAAUAUGCGUGACGACGCGCGCUUGAACCUGCUGGAGGACGGCACACUGAUGAUCCAGGACACGCGCGAGACGGACCAGGGCGUCUACCAGUGCAUGGCCAAGAAUGUGGCCGGAGAGGUCAAGACUUCUGAGGUCACCCUGCGCUACUAUGGCACACCAUCACGGCCCAGCUUCGUGAUCCAGCCGCAGAACACGGAGGUGCUGGUGGGCGAGAGCGUGACCCUGGAGUGCAGCGCCACCGGUCAGCCCCUCCCCCGCGUCUCCUGGACCCGCGGCGACCGCACCGCGCUGCCCACCGACGACCGCGUCAACAUCACGCCCUCCGGCGGCCUCUUCAUCCAGAACGUCAACCAGGCCGACGGGGGCCAGUACACCUGCUUCGCCAGCAACGAGGUGGACACCAUCCACGCCACCGCCUUCAUCAUCGUGCAGGCUGUUCCCCAGUUCACUCUGACGCCACAGGACCAGACGGUGCUUGAGGGCCACACUGUGGACUUCCCCUGUGAGGCCAGUGGAUAUCCUCAGCCUGUCAUAGCCUGGACUCGUGGAGGUAGUCCACUGCCAAAUGACAGGCGGCAUGUGGUACUCUCCACGGGCACCUUGCGUAUUGCCCGCGUGGCACCUCAUGACCAGGGCCAGUAUGAGUGCCAGGCUAUCAGUCCUGUGGGCACCGUGACCACAGGCGUCCAGCUCAACAUCCAGCAGAGAGUAACGCCUGUUUUCACAAAUGCUCCAAGGGAUGUGACAUUGGAGUCUGGCACGGAUGUCCAGAUUCCGUGCAGUGCUCAGGGAGAGCCCACGCCUGUCAUCACCUGGAACAAGGACGGCGUCCAGAUAACAGAGAGCGGAAAAUUCCACAUUAACCCUGAUGGAUACCUGCAGGUCAAUGAUGUUGGGCCUGCAGAUGGGGGGCGCUAUGAGUGUGUCGCCCGAAACUCCAUCGGCUACUCCUCUGCCAGCAUGGUGCUAACUGUGGAGGUGCCCCAAGUGAGCCGAGAGGGGGAUCCAUUUGUGGACCAGUCCAUAGAGGAGGCCAUCCGUAGCGUCAACAGUGCCAUUGACUCGACCAGGAGACAUCUGUUUGACGGUUCGCCCCGGACCCCAGGUGAGCUGCUGGCCCUCUUCCGCUACCCAAGGGACCCCUACACGGUGGAGCAGGCCAGGGCAGGCGAGAUCUUUGAGCAGACUCUACUCCUCAUCCAGCGGCAUGUCAAUCAAGGGUUGACGGUCGACACAAACGGAACAGCCUUUCGUUAUAAUGACCUGGUGUCUCCACGCUUCUUGGAAAUGAUUGCCAACCUCUCUGGCUGCACAGCACACCGGCGAUUCAACAACUGCUCCGAUAUCUGCUUCCACCAGAAGUACCGCAGCCAAGAUGGCACAUGCAACAACCUACAGCAUCCCAUGUGGGGCGCCUCCCUGACUGCCUUUGAGCGUCUCCUCAAGCCCGCAUACGACAACGGCUUCAACCUCCCACGUGGCAUCAGUGAGAGGCGGCACAACAACUACCCGCUGCCCUUGCCACGCCUGGUCUCCACCACCAUGAUCGGCACCGAGACCAUCACACCAGAUGACCGCUACACGCACAUGCUGAUGCAGUGGGGCCAGUUCCUGGACCACGACCUGGACUCGACGGUGGCGGCGCUCAGCCAGUCGCGCUUCUCCGACGGGCAGCUGUGCGCGCAGGCGUGCACCAACGAUGCGCCCUGCUUCCCCAUCAUGUUCCCGCCCAACGACCCGCGCCAGCUGCGCAGCGGUGCCCGCUGCAUGUUCUUCGUGCGCUCCAGUCCCGUGUGUGGCAGCGGCAUGACCUCGCUGCUCAUGAACUCUGUGUACCCGCGCGAGCAGAUCAACCAGCUCACCUCCUACAUCGACGCCUCUAACGUUUACGGCAGCUCGGACCACGAGGCCGAGGAGAUCCGCGACUUGGCGAGCCACCGGGGACUCCUGCGCCAAGGCAUCGUGCAGCGCUCGGGCAAGCCCCUGCUGCCCUUCGCCACGGGGCCGCCCACCGAGUGCAUGCGUGACGAGAACGAAAGCCCCAUCCCGUGCUUCCUGGCCGGUGACCACCGGGCCAACGAGCAGCUGGGGCUGACCGCCAUGCACACGGUCUGGUUCCGCGAGCACAACCGCGUCGCCACGGAGCUCCUGCGCCUGAACCCGCACUGGGACGGCGACACCAUCUACCACGAGGCGCGCAAAAUCGUGGGCGCCCAGAUGCAGCACAUCACCUACAACCACUGGCUGCCCAAGAUCUUGGGCGAAGUGGGCAUGAAGAUGAUGGGCGACUACAACGCCUACAACCCCAACAUUAACUCGGGGAUCCUCAACGCCUUCGCCACGGCGGCCUUCCGCUUCGGCCACACGCUCAUCAACCCCAUCCUGUACCGUCUGGACGAGCACUUCCAGCCCAUCCCCCAGGGCCACAUCUCCCUGCACAAGGCCUUCUUCUCACCCUUCCGCAUAGUCAACGAGGGGGGCAUCGACCCCCUGCUCCGGGGCCUGUUUGGAGUGGCGGGCAAGAUGCGUGUGACUUCCCAGAUGCUGAACACAGAGCUGACUGAGAGGCUGUUCUCUAUGGCUCACGCUGUGGCGUUGGAUCUCGCCGCCAUGAACAUUCAGAGAGGCCGCGAUCACGGAAUCCCCCCCUAUAACGACUAUCGGGUCUUCUGCAACCUCACCUCGGCACAAUCUUUCGAAGAUCUCAGGAAUGAGAUCAGAAACCCUAACGUGCGGGAGAAACUGCAGAGACUCUACGGCACUCCCCUGAACGUUGACCUGUUUCCUGCUCUGAUGGCCGAGGACCUGGUCCCUGGAAGCCGACUGGGCCCCACCCUCAUGUGUUUGCUAGCCGCCCAGUUUAAACGCCUUAGAGAUGGAGACCGGUUCUGGUAUGAGAACCCAGGAGUCUUCACACCAGCACAGCUCACACAGCUGCGGCAGGCCUCCCUCACCCGGGUGCUGUGUGACAACGCGGAUAACAUCACCCACGUCCAGCCAGACGUCUUCACCGUGGCCGAGUUCCCGCACGGCUACGGCAGCUGCGAUGACGUGCCCAAGAUCGACCUGCGGAUGUGGCAGGACUGCUGUGAAGACUGCAGGACCAAGGGUCAGUUCAACGCUCUGUCUUUCCACUUCCGUGGUCGGAGGUCACUUAAACAGAGCUUUGCAGAGGACAAACCUGUUUCAGAUAGUCCCAAGGACACCAGCCCCAAUGAAAGCAUGGCGCAGGAAGCCCCCUCUGUGCCGGUGAAUGUCUCCCUCCCGAUUAAAGCCAGCACUGAACCCUCACUGAACGAGUUCCAAGACUUUGUCUUGGAUAUGCAGAAGACCAUCACAAGUUUGCGAAAACAGAUUAAAAGACUUGAAGCGCGUCUGAGUAAGACCGACUGCACUGAUUCGGAGGGCAUGGAGCGGCGAGAUGGAGUGCGCUGGAAGAAGGACCCCUGCACCACAUGCGAAUGCAAAGAAGCCCAGGUGACAUGUUUUGUGGAGAAGUGCCCCCCAGUGGACUGCCAGAAGCCUGUGACACUGAAAGGAGCCUGCUGCCCCGUGUGCCUGAACCAGCCCUCGAGCCGUGGUGGCGAGCGCCACGCUUAACCUCAGGACCCCUGCGCCCCACACGCACCCCAGCGGAGAGAAAAAAGACAUGGACUAAGAGUCUUGGCAGUACGCGGUGACCACCAGCAUCCAGUUGCCUAGUUUUUGUUUUGUUUUUGUCGUUUUAUUUUUUUGUUAACUUCAGAUGUUUUUUUUUUU